UUCUGGGUUACGAGACGCCAUAUCACCGAGAAAAAUAUUUGUGCGACAACAUUUUGCAACAACAAUGGACCCACUUUACCUUGCUAUGAGUCUUUAUAGAAGGCGUAAAUAUGAAGACUGUGUUAAGAUAUGUUCACAGCUUCUUGAAAAGAAUCCGUAUGAUCAGGCAUCUUGGUCACUGAAGACAAGAGCAUUAACUGCACAGGUGUAUGUAGAUGAAGUGGAUGUUGAUGAAGAAGGAAUUGCGGAGAUGAUCAUGGAUGACAACACCAUUGCACAAGUUGCCCGACCUGGGACAUCAUUGAAAAAGCCAGGAACAGGACAGGGCGGCCCUAGUGCUGGAAUACGCCCAAUGUCCCAGUCUGGUCGGCCAUUAAGUGGCUUUGUGCGGCCUGGUACACAAUCCGGACGGCCUGGAACAAUGGAGCAAGCGAUCCGAACACCGAGGACAGCACAUACUGCCAGACCUGUUACCAGUGCUUCGGGGAGAUUUGUAAGGCUUGGCACGGCUUCAAUGUUGUCUACACCAGAUGGUCCAUUUAUCAACUUAGCAAGACUAAACUUCUCUAAGUAUGCAGCCCGUCCAAACCUUGCAAAGGCCUUGUUUGAGUACAUUUUCCACCAUGAGAAUGAUGUGAGGAAUGCAUUGGAGUUGGCAGCGCUUGCUACCGAAGCAUGUCAGUUUAAGGAUUGGUAUUGGAAAGUACAACUUGGCAAGUGCUACUACAGACUUGGAAUGUACCGUGAGGCUGAGCAGCAAUUUAAGUCUGCCUUAAAGCAACAAGAGAUGGUUGACACGUACCUGUACCUGUGCAAGGUGUACGUAAGGCUUGACCAACCCCUGACAGCCAUUGAGAUAUGCAAACAGGGCUUAGAGAAAUUCCCAGGUGAAACAACCAUGCUCACUUGUAUUGCCAGAAUCUAUGAGGGAUUAAUGGACAUGAUAAAUGCAGUGAAGUAUUAUAAAGAUGUGCUCAAGUAUGACAACACACAUGUUGAGGCCAUCGCUUGCAUUGCUAAUCAUCAUUUCUACUCGGAUCAACCUGAGAUUGCUCUUAGAUUUUACAGGCGAUUGUUACAAAUGGGUGUUUACAAUUCGGAAUUGUUCAACAAUAUUGGACUGUGUUGCUUUUAUGCGCAGCAGUACGAUAUGACGUUAAGCUGCUUUGAACGUGCAAUAUCACUGGCUCCUGACGAUAAUUCAGUAGCUGAUGUGUGGUAUAAUAUUGGGCAUGUAGCUUUGGGUAUAGGGGACACUAAUCUAGGCUACCAGUGUUAUCGAUUAGCAGUUUCAUCAAAUAAUGACCACGCUGAGGCCUACAACAACCUAGGUGUUUUGGAGCUACGUAAAGGGCGAAUGGAACAGGCACGUGCAUUUUUCCAGUCGGCUCAGUCCUUAUCUCCACACAUGUUUGAGCCACAUUUCAACUUUGCAUCUCUUUCUGAUCAGGUUGGUGAUUUGCAAAGUAGUUAUACAUCAGCUCAACGUGCUGUUACUGCUUACAGCGACCACUGCGACUCAAAAGAUCUUUUGAAACAACUUAAAAAACACUUUGCUUUACUUUAAAUUCUUAUUUAUUUAUUCUCAGAUGUCUAUUCAAUAAUUUAUGUUGUGUAAUAUUAUGGUAUAGUAGGCUUACACAUAAAAUGCUUUCACACAAACACACUAAAUGAUUAAAUAACAUUACUGUACAGUAUGAUAUUUUAAUGAGCAGUUAUAUAGCACCCACUAUCAUAUAUCAAAUUUACUGUAGCUAUUGUUACACCAGUUUGAAAACAAAUUUCUUAAAUUCUGAUUGGAUGUUUUUGUCUUAAAUCCAAUCCAUACGUACGAUAACAUCCAAUCAGAAUUAAGAAUUGGGCUAAGACUAGUGUAACAAUAGAGAAAUGCCCUAUUAAAUACAUUUAUAGGCUCCUUGCAGAUUUCUCUUUAGGUGAGAUUUUUUUAAUACCUUAUUUUUCGAAAUUAUUUUUUUAAAGAUCAUCAGAGAAGGGUGGAAAAAAAAAUUUGUUUUCUUAUUUAACAAAUAGUUUUGCCAAAAACAUCCAGAUGGAGGAGAAAAUAAAAAUAAAAAUUUGUUGGUGAAUGUAAACAUUGUAGUAAUAGAAUUUUUAAAUGCUUUAAAUUUAUAAGUAUUGUAUACAUAUCUUAUUUUUGGAGAUUUCUAUUUACAAUGUAUUAGUAUAGUGCUCAUAACUAUUUUUUAAAAUCUCAAGGCACUUGAGAAAAUAAACAGCAGAGAAUAUAGAAACCUGAACAAAUUUCCUUGAAACUAACCAUAAAAAGCAGAGGAGCCAACACCAUUGUUGCAUUUACUAGCACUUUGAUGCCUCAGUGCAUCAGAGCUUACUCUCAAUUAUCCUACAAAAAUGCAUGGGGCAUCCAAAAAUAUACUUUUUAUGAGCAAUAAAAAAUAUUGACUACCAAUUUACAGUAGCUACUUGCAGAUGAGGGGCUUGAUUAAUGCAUGAAUCUACUUAACAUAUAUCUAUAAAUAGCUCCUUGAAUUAACGUGAUUACCUUAGGGACAGUCUCUUUAAUCUUGAUGGUAUUGGGGAUAUUGUUAAAAUAUUCCAUUAUAUUAGAGCAAGAAUUUUUUUAUUGAAGGUUAUUCAGAAAGAGUACCUUAUUCCUCUUGUAUACAGUUGAACUUUCCUACAGUAAGUUGAUUCCAAAAUGGCAUUGAACAAUUGUUCAACUAUAGAUAAAAUUUGACUUGCAGAUUGUUUUUUGGGGUGGGGCUUAUACCUGGGGAAUCCACUUUUUAAUCAAAAGGAAAGCAUGCCUAUACAAAGCCAAAAUUUGAUUUAUUUCGAAAGUAUUUGUUAAAGUUGGCUAAUCAUACCAUGUGCUUUUGCCGGAGGAAAUGCUGGUACGAGAAAUUGAGCAUAAUGUUGAGGGUGGGAUUAUACCCGAGGCAGGCUUGUACCCGAGGAACUACGGUAUAUAAUUGAAGCAAUUGUUCAUAUCCAGUUUAAAAUGGUUUUAUGCAUCUUAAUUGUGAUGGAGUGAGGAUAUUGUAAAAUAUAUUUAGCAGCAUAUUAUUAUA